AUGGCAGGCUGGGUUUCAGGCGACAAGACACGGUCGACAUGGCAGGUCCUACUCUUGCCUUUGUGCUUCAUCAGCCUACUCAUAUCGGGUAUCGCUAUUGGAAAGGCAAACAGUUAUCGGCAGUAUGACAGCGUCCGGCUGAAGGGCCGAUGGAGCGCAGCACUUGACCUAUUGGUUACGCCUCCUACCGCACGAGCGAUUGAGCAAGAUCAGUUGUUGAGGAGACAUUAUGCCGAUGCCAUAGGCUUCACAGCUGAAACGACAAAAUGGCUAGCGGAGCGAUAUCCAUCGAAGCACCUGGACGAAGCCCGCGCCUUGUUGGAUAAGUAUGCCACGGAAGUCGUUACACCUCGUGAUCAGCCAGACCGCGACGUAUCGACGAGGCACCUUACAGUACGACAAAACCCCUUUGAGGCCAUUGGAAACCUGUUGGGUUUGGGAGGCGACAAGUCGGGCAACAAGAACGAUAGCAGUAUACUAUCUGGUAUAGGGGAUGUGUUGAAGAAUGGUCUUGCUGGUAUUGGGCAGGAUCUUCUCGGCGACGUCGCAGGGGCAGGUAUGUUUCUAGGGAUUGGAGUUGGCCAAGGAGCCGCUUCAGGCUUGAAUCUCACCACUGCCCAAAAAGCGAAAGCCGUAGGGGACGGCGUCGCCGCCGCGAGUGGCAUGGAAAGUACUGGUCUGAACCCUGCGAUUCGGAAUCUAGGUAGUGGACUCUCUGGUACCUUGGUUGGUUCUAUCGACUUGAGCUCCGUUGGUGGCGGCGAUACGAUUGGCCCAGCUGUCAUGGGCCUGGCUACUGGUAUUGGCAAUGGAGCGGUGUCGGGUCUGAAGAUCAAGAACAUUACAGCUCCCGUGGCAAACCAAACCAAUGGGUUCAAUCUGGCAGGAAUCCUGGAGACCUUCGGCUUCGGGCUGACGUCAACCGUAACCAGCAACAUCGACACCAACACCCUUUCGGGCGGUCCCAUGUCACAAGACCUCGCCGCUCAAAUACCGUCAGCUGUCUUGAGCCUAGCUCAAGGGAUCGGGAACGGUGCCGUGUCCGGACUUAAGAUCAAUCAAAACGUUGCUCCACCAACUGGUACUAACGUUCCGGAUAUCGCUGGGGCAUUUGGCUUCGGGUUGUCCCAGUCCGUCACCUCCAACGUGGAUAUCAACGCUUUGAGUCAGGGUAAUGGCACCAAUCUGGACAUUAUGAAGAUCCUUCCCUCGGCAGCUACUGGCCUUGGAAGAGGCCUUGGUGAGGGCAUUCCCAUUGGUUUAGGGGUCCAGCCUGAUCCAGGAACGUUGCCAGUCAAGACGAUGCCCGAUGGCUCACUGGAUUUUGAAGGAAUCUCUGAGAACUUCGCCAUGGGUUUGACCUCCAGGGUACUAGCCAAUGGGACGUUGUCAAAGCUGAUGAGCAUGUCAAGUCCGGGUGGCGGUGCUCUGGGUAGUCUGGACAUAGGCAAGGCGGCGGGUGGUCUUGCUCGGGGACUGCUUCAAGGGGCUGGCGAUUCUGUGAAAGCGAUGGGAGGCGUGCAAGCAAUACUUGAAGGUAAAGCUACCACACCCACUGGCCCGAUUCCAGAGACCCCAGUUCAAUUCAAUGAUUCCUUGAACGGCGCUGCCGUAGGAUUUGGACAGGGUUUUGGUAGCCAGGGCGUUACCGUCAUCCAGUCAUUGAUCGGUCAGGCGAAGGUGGUCACUCAAAAACGGGACAUCGAUGGGACUUCUGCCGUCAAAGAUAUGGAAGUGGCGUCAGUGAAGCCUCGGCAAACGGGCAUUGUAGUUUCGAAUUCGACAGGCACCACCUUCAAUCUCUCAGCAUUGAUAGACGCGGAAGGUAUCUCAACACUUUUGCAGAAGGGUAUCGAUGCUCUCACCUGCGAAGGUGUUGGCGGCCUCUUCCUUGUACUGUCCGGCCUGGCCAAUGGCGGCGCAAUUCCCUCGGACCCUCAGUCUGCCGAUACUCUUGCACAGUUCAAAGAUGUACUACCAAAGGGCGUUUUGCAUUUCAUGAAUGAGGGUAACACCUACGAACUUGACAUGCAACAAGUUGUGGAUGGCCUGGGCGGUGGCUUGAGUGGUGCUGCCGAUGGCCUCACUAUCAAUGGUAACAAGGCGUCCACCUUCGUGGGCUUCCUCAUAUUCCACGUUAUCCUAGGAAUCGUUGCUAUGCUGAAUGUGCUGCCGCUUAUCCUCGGAUUAGAAAGUGCUCGGAAUUUGCUUGUUCGUAUACGCAAACCUCACCACUUUACUUGGGCUGGCAAGUGGACGAGUAUUGGCUGGUUCUUUUUCAUCGCCCCUUCGCUAAUCCUGAUCAUCAUUUUCGGCUCCUUGGCUAUGGGUAAUGCCGGUCACUUCAGAACUGCUCACGGUGUACUUGGUCUUCUCACGGUCAUCGACGGCCUGGCUGCAGUUGGUCUACACUAUGCCGUCAGGCUGUUUGGUUCGCCGCCUGGACAACCGCCUACGACGAUGCAGCGGGUACGGACGUACAACAACCAGGUUCUCCUUAUCCUCACCAUUGCUACUUCACUCAGCGGGUUCGGGGAUCUAAGCAAGAUCACUGUGUGUCUCACUCGUAUUGUCUCUCUCGAGAUGGCUAUCGCCGCUGGUUUUGGGCUUUCCGGUGUGUACACGAUUGGCAGCACGAUCACGCAACUAGACCUCUUCUUGGAGUUUAGAGAUGCGAGGAUGAGGAAAAAGGGUCUGAUGGGCCGCAAUGAAGGUAGCGUUGGACAGAUCAAGGGUAAGGUCGAAGUCGUAUCUUAA